AUGCGCAUUGUGCGCUUGGAUCUCAAGACCGAGAACAUCCUCCUCUCGGAAUCGGGCCACAUUCUCAUCACUGACUUUGACCGGUCAUUUGAUGCAUCAGAGAGGAGAGAACCUCCGAAUGCAUGGUGUUCGUCAGAUGGUGACAGUGCCACAAAUUCUACGGAACUAGCAAAAGCCGGACUGACUCCUAACGAAAUCGGGGAACUUUUUGCAAACUUCGAAUUCACUAAUCCGCUACUUUAG